AUGGACCAAAAUAACAUUGUUGAAAGACUUGUGUUGGACGAAGUUCCUCGUGUUUGGGAAAUGGCAAGUGGCAUCAACGUUAUCAAGGAGACGUCCAGACGUCGUCAUCUUAUCCGUGGAUUAUCGGGGGAAGAUUCAAUUAGGACAAACGAUGAUGAUGAAGGUGUCACUAGAAGCAAGGCGUCGAGAUAUAGACAUCAUCUCAGCUGUUCAGGAACCAACUCCGACGUUUUUGAACCGCAAAAGAACGGUUGCGUGUCUCCUAGAUACGAGAAAAUCAACGACUUGAUGAUCUCAAUGCGUGAGCUUCGCGAAGCUGAAAAAAUCUGUCGCAGUCGCCUACAGCAUGAGAAACUUCGGAGGGAUCGUUCUGUCAGAAGUUCAGAAAAGCGCGGAAGUGUUUUUUCAGUAACUCGAGGAACGUCGCCGGAUUCGCGAGGUCCAUUAGCUAGUGAUGAGGCUAUGGCAGUCAACUGGGCGUCAACCCUUUUUGCUUCGUGCUAUUUUGUUCUUGCCAUUCUGGUGACCUCUGUGGCAGUAGUUGUUACGGAACUGAGAGUGCCUGAUCCCAAAAAGUAUCCCCCUUUGCCGGAUAUAAUCCUUGAAAACCUGCGGUUCAUUCCAUGGGGCUUGAAAGCAGCAGAAUUCGCAAUAAUGACUCUGUUUCUUCUCUUUGGAUUCAUAUUUUAUAUUCACAAGCACAGGGACAUCAUACUGCGGAGAUUCUUCGUAAUAGCUGGCACGGGUUACUUUUAUCGGUCUCUCACCAUGGUCGUUACGUCUUUGUCAGUUCCUUCGCCGCAUUUGAAGUCAUGCUACAAGUUGCCCAGCUUUCCCCUCAGAAUUCUCGAAAUCAACGUGGAAUUCAUGCCAAGGGUUGCCUCCAGGUCAUCUAAUGUAAUUCCGCCAUUUUCAUCAACAGCCGCCUUCACAGCCGCCAAAGUGGCGGCCAAUGUGGCGGCUGUGAAGGCGGCUGUUGAUGAAAAUGGCGGAAUUACCUUGGAUAACCUGGAGGCAACCCUUGGCAUGAAUGCCACGUUUUUUUCAAGAAUUCUGAGGGGAAACCUUGGUUACAAUAAAAAAGGGCGCCUCAUCUUUUGA